CUCGCGCUCGUCAGUUUCCCAAGCGUCGGCCGGGAUGUUAUUUUAUUUGCCUUUUUUCGAUUACCCGCUUUUGUACAGUUGGAAUGGUUGGAGUGACCACCAUUGGUGGGGCGCUGCGGAAACUACCAUUGGCGUUGCAGCCAACGCAAUCGCUCAUAACAAAAACAAUAUGCACAUACUCGGAUCGACGGCUAGAAACUUCCGUGAGUUCCAUCCGGCCCGUGCUCGCUGACCAGGAAAUCCUCUCAAUAGUGGGCGCAACUGCAGGGCGGUGGGGCCAUUGUCUACCUUCAACGUGGGGAGGACAACCGAGACGACGACGGGUAGAUUCCGCGAGCUCCGACAUCACGCACGGCGACUCCGGCCAGCGAAACCAAAACCCCAACCCUUGCGAGGUUACAGGGAAGGGAUACACCCUAAAAUCAUUUACAUUGAGCUUCUAUGUCAUGAUUGUUACUGAGGCAAGAUUUUGUAAAAGUGAAUCUGCUUAAUGGAUGAUGUUUAUGGAAAGCUAGAGGUUCUCCCAGAACACUUCCGACCCACCGAAGCAUCUGAAAACUCUCCCCAAACAACAAAUUCAAGGGCAGAUUAUAAGCUGAGAUCACUUGGCCAUUCGUGGGCUGUAAGAAGAGUAAUGGGAGCUGCAUCUCUGCUGAACUUGUUUACGCUUUCACGUCUUCCAUGGGGAUCAAGAGAUCACAAUGAUAAGAUUGAACUUACUAGAGUAGAAGUAGAGUCUCUUCGGUCAGAAAUUGCAGAUGCAGAGGAAAGAGAGACAUAUCUAAAAGCUCAGUUGGAACAUCUUGAUGGAAUUUUGAGGUCUGCAUGGCUUUGUGGUUAUCUCUAUGUCCGAACUAGGUGGACGCAACUUCCUGGAGAACCUCCUAUAAUAGAUGAUGAUGACAUAGAUGAUUGGCUUCCCCGCUUUGUUGUCCUUCACGGCUCAUGUAUCUAUUAUUAUCUCAAGUCUACUGAUUUGAGUCCUCAAGACAGCACACUGUUAUCUGAUGUUGUUGAAGUUGGGCCACUUCCAAGCUUCAAACAUGAUGAUGAAGAAAUAAGACAUGCAUUUUACCUUUUAACCUGUCAAGGUUUGCGGUUUGAAUGCUCAAGUAUUUCUGAGUUACAGGUGGAAUCAUGGCUGACAACAUUACGAAGUGAUUGCAAACUCAAGUCUGGGUCAACUCUCCAGGAUUCAAUCAAAUCAUAGGAGCCAUUAGGUACCUGAGUCUUGUAAAAAGUAUAAACUUAUCCUGAGUUGUUAUACAUAUAUUUUUUACAUUAUUGCAUUUACCUACUGCAUAUUGUUAUUUCCUGAGUGAUUAAAGUGGACGCCUGUGUAACUUGCAAUUGUACGUUCUUAUUCCCAGAAGUACAACAAAUGAUUUGCAUAUAAUAAUAAUAAGAUGGCUUCUGGGUCAAACUUUUGCUCUGA